GUUGGCAGGGACCUUGCCCUCCCUCGCCUACUUCGCAGUCGCCCGGCGAGGGGACGGACCGUCUCACAACGUCACUUUGACGGUCCCGAAAGGGAAUUUGCCCGAGGUUUGCAUGUGCAUCCGCGUCGGGCCAGGCGAAGGCGCUGGAUGCUCGGCUCCUCGCCCGCCCGCCCGUUUUCCUCCGCCGAGCUCCGCGCCCCUUGCCUGCCCUUCCUCUAGACUGGAAUUCAAGUGUUGUGACUUGGAAUUCCAAGUCCUUUCGUGUGGGUGUGUUUAGUUACUAAACAUCGGGUCAGAAGUUGAGAAUUCCACUAUUGAAAAACAGCGGAAGGAGCUGCAGCUGCUCAUCGGAGAACUGAAAGAUCGAGAUAAAGAGCUCAAUGAUAUGGUCACGGUGCACCAGAGACAACUUCUCUCAUGGGAAGAGGAUCGGCAAAAAGUGUUGACGCUGGAGGAACGUUGCAGCAAACUAGAAGGUGAGCUGCAUAAAAGAACUGACAUAAUCAAGUCUCUGAUGAAGAAGGUCAAAAUGCUUGAAUCCAAUCAAAUAGAAUGUCAGGCAGCUCUUCAGAAGACUCAGCAGCAGCUUCAGGAAAUGGCUCAAAAGGCUACACACUCUGCCCUCCUCUCGGAAGACCUUGAGGCUAGAAAUGAAAACCUCAGCAGCACGUUAGUGGAACUCUCUGCUCAGGUAGGACAAUUGCAGGCUAGAGAACAGGCUCUCACGACCAUGAUAAAGCUGAAGGACAAAGAUAUUAUUGAGGCAGUCAAUCACAUUUCAGACUGUUCGGGUAAAUUUAAAUUGUUAGAGCAUGCUUUACGUGAUGCUAAGAUGGCAGAGACUUGUAUUGUGAAAGAAAAGCAAGAUUAUAAGCAGAAAUUGAAGGCACUUAGGUUUGAAGUCAGUAAACUGAAAGAGGACCUAACCGAAAAGACCACAGAAAACAACGAUCAACGGGAAGAGAUCAUUCGCCUCAAGCAAGAGAAAAGUUGCCUGCAUGACGAGCUAAUUUUUACUGCCGAGAGAGAAAAGAGGAAGGAUGAGUUACUUGAUAUUGCCAAGUCAAAGCAAGAUCGUACAAAUUCAGAGCUACACAAUCUAAGACAGAUUUACGUAAAACAACAGAGUGACCUGCAGUUUCUUAAUUUCAAUGUAGAAAAUUCUCAGGAAUUAAUACAGAUAUAUGACUCAAAGAUGGAGGAAUCAAAGGCCCUGGGAUGCAGCAGAGACAUGUGUUUAUCAGACCUUGACAAUAACUACCCAAAAAUCGAUAUUAAGAGAGAGAGAAAUCAGAAGUCAUUGGUUAAGGAUCAAAAGUUUGAGGUCACGUUGGCUCAGCACAAUAGGUCAGACAAGAGCUCUUGUGACGUGUGCAGAGAGAAGAAGCUGCAGGUUAACACUGCGUUUGGGGAAAAAAGUGUAAUUGCUCUCUCGUCUCUGUUUACCAAAGACUUACUGGAGAAACAAAAGUCUUGGUCUCUGGGUGGAAAAAUCCAGACUGAACCGGAAAACAAAGUUACACUAUGCAAGAUUCAUGCAAAAUCUCCAAAAAGCAAUGGACUAGAGCUUCAGAUAGAAGAGAAGCAGCUCUCGGAAACAUCCAUCUCGCUGCCCGAAGAGAAACAGUGGCAUGACAUCAACGUUUACCUGGGCCUUUCUAACUGCUCUGUUGCGAAACAGCCGGAAAAACCUGAUGGGGACUGCCACGACCCCGCAGAUAUGUCUGAAGUCUCAUGCUGCACCCAGAAUGAAGUCUGUAUGGGGGACAGUGACCUGUGUGAUUCCAAGUGCUGCCACCCGAGUAACAUCAUCGUCGAAGCCCCAGGACACAUGACUGACGUAGAGUGGAUGAACAUUUUCAAGCCUUCCAAAAUGCAAAGGAUUGUUCGCCACAAAACUCUGUGCACUUGUUCAGGAGGUGUCAGUGGAAUGAAAUAUAAUUCCUCAGCAAGUGAGCUCAUAACCAUCCAGCCCCCGCAGUGUUUGGGGUCCUCCAAGUCUGCUGAAAGAGAAGAUGAGUCAGGGGCCUCUCCAGACAAAAGAACCUCAUCCAAGAGCGUGUUCAUCAGCAAAGAUGCAGCACUGUCCAAUGAAAAGGAUGACUUUUCUCCUACCAGUAAGCUCCAGCGCCUGCUGGCCGAGUCUCGGCAGAUGGUCACGGAUCUGGAGCUGAGCACACUGCUGCCCAUCAGCUGUGAGAAUCUCAACAGAAGUAAGCAGGACUCUGUUUGGAAGGCAGAAAGCGGAUACCAUACUUCAUGUAAAGACAAAGGAGAUUGUGAUUCCCACAUAAGCAGCAUUUAGUACAAAGGCGAGCAGAAUCUCAAAGUUUACUUCUUAAAGCAACUGUAUUUUGUUUUUGAUGAACCAUUUUUGUGUAAAAAAAAAUAUUUUUUAUACCAAAGAAAUGAGGUCGUAUUCUACACACCUGUUUGGAACUAUGCUAAAAGGAAAAAAACAAAAAACCUCUGUCAGGAUGCAGACACGGUUUAAUUAAGCAGAGAAGCUUUUUAAACCGGGCAGUGUUCAAGAACCCCGAAUGUAUGAUGCUGCUUUCGCUGGUGUGUAUUCACAUUGUAACUUCUCAGUCAGCUCCCUAUGUGUGACGUAGUCUUGUCUUCUCUUAGGGUUUUAGCACUGGACUUUGUUGUGUUGAUGGGCAUGAGAUAAGAUGGUAUAAAAUGUUUGUAAUGGGACACUAUCACCUUGCUGGCAGUUAAGGCCAGUCUGUCCUCGGUCGACAGCUGCAUCUUGUCUGGCUCUGUAGUAGGCAGUUCACUUACACAAGACAGCGCUUGCUGGAAGAUUAAGUUUUGUAUGGAUUUUUAAAAAUAUAUUGAAGACUAUAUAGAUAAUAAAAAUAUAUUAUAUUGAAAUAUAAUUCCAUUUUAACUUUAAAAAAUUUUAAUUAAAAAAAGAUUACACUAUUUGCUUCUGCCCCUUC